AUGGAGAAGACCGAGUUGAUCCAGAAGGCGAAGCUAGCCGAGCAGGCCGAGCGCUACGACAUGGCCACCUGCAUGAAAGCCGUGACGGAGCAGGGGGCCGAGCUGUCCAACGAGGAGCGCAACCUGCUCUCGGUGACCUACAAGAACGUGGUCGGGGGCCGCAGGUCGGCCUGGAGGGUCAUCUCCAGCAUCGAGCAGAAAACCGACACUUCUGACAAGAAGUUGCAGCUGAUUAAGGACUAUCGGGAGAAAGUGGAGUCUGAACUGAGAUCCAUCUGCACCACGGUCCUGGAAUUGUUGGAUAAAUAUUUAAUAGCCAAUGCAACUAAUUCAGAGAGUAAGGUCUUCUAUCUGAAAAUGAAAGGAGAUUAUUUCCGGUACCUUGCUGAAGUAGCGAGUGGUGAUGAUCGAAAACAAACGAUAGAUAAUUCCCAAGGAGCUUACCAAGAGGCUUUUGAUAUAAGCAAGAAGGAGAUGCAACCUACACAUCCAAUUCUCCUGGGACUGCCUCUUAACUUUUCUAGCUUAACUAUAUGUCUUGCUUGGAGGCCAAGGCAGUUGUGGGCGAGAGUCCGUGAGGCCUGUUCUGGGCCAUGUUCGCGUGAGGACCCGCCGCCGCCGCCGCCCCCGUCACGGCUCCGGCCGCGCGAGCAUCAUGGGCUCUAUUCUAAGCCGCCGCAUCGCGGUCUGUCUCUUUCCCACUCCAUUAUCCCCAUUCAGACCUUUUUCCUAGUGAUAAACAGACCAGGGACAGCUGUAACUGUUUUGGGUGACCGUUCAGUUUUAAGCAGUGUAUUUCCCAUUCUUAGAUUCUGUGCAGUUGUUUUUGCUAAGCAGAUCUGUGCACAUGCAUAG